CCAAACUUCAAGCAUCCAUCCAUCGUGUCUUCCCACCUCUCAAGACGUACUAAGUAACUUCAUCAUUUUCUCACAUCUCUCUCUCUCUCUCUCUCUCACACACACACACACACAGACAAAACAGGAACUCCAACACAUUCCAAAUCAAACUGAUCAUCAAACUUCUUUGCCCACCGCCAGCAGCAGUUGAGAAAAUGGAACAAAAUGGACUUGUUUCAUCAGGCAGUAGUACUAUUGGUACUACAACUGCGACAAGAAGCAGCAUCAAAAAAGAGAGGCCUCAUCAUAGGUUGAUAAAGAGGACGCUGCAGUGGUUGCUUCCUUUUACGUUUGCAUCUUUUGUAAUCUCCAUGACAUCCACUUUCUCGGUCUGUUUCAAUCACUGCUUCUCGGCAUUAGUGUUUCCCAUCCUCACCCAUGCAUUUGAGAGAAAAUACAUGUUCUUGAUCUGUAAUGGAAUCCUUGCCUUCCUCGUCAAAACAUUGAACUCCGACAACACCAACAACUCCUCCUCCGCCUCCAAUUCUUCUUCCGCUUCUCCUAAAAAUUGUGUCUUGGAAGAUGAUGAUGAUCAUGACAAUGAUUCCGCUCCAAUAAUUAAUCCAAGCAACGAGGAGGAGGAGGAGGAGGUAGAUGAGGACUCCUCGGAACAUCCGGCUGAAGUACCGCAGCUGGUUGAUGAUGGUCAGGAAGCAACAUCAUCAUUAGCAAUAGAUCAAAAUGAUGAAGCAAAAAUAGGUCAAAUAAUGACCAACAAUACCGCAGGAGGAGUACUAAUGAUGGAUGAUGAUGAUGAAGAAGAAGGAGACAUGGAAGAAGAAGAAAUAGUGGAUGACGAGGAGGAAGGGCUGGUGAAUAUGAACACCGAAGAGCUGAACCACAAGUUUGAAGAGUUCAUCCGGAAGAUGAAAGAGGAGCUCCGGAUCCAGGAUACCCCAAAACCACUCGUUGCUGCGGUUUAAUUCAAUUAGGAUUCAUUACUAAGGAGGAUUAAAGGAGAGAGCGAGAUCUGGAAGGAAGGGGUUCUAAUUUACACAUCGAGAGACAGAUUCUAGACUUUGGAACUUAUAUUAUAUGGAUUCACUGUCAUCCUAGCUACCUAAUUAAAUCAACAAAAGAAAUUAAGGACAAACCUCAUAUGCAUAUAUGAUGAUGAUGAUUGUACAUGCAAUCCUUCUAAUCCCUUUCUUGUUUCAUUCUCUAAUCGAUGAAGAAAUUUCACGUUUCUUG